AUGGUGCCUCAACCACUCAACCUUACUAAGAAUUCUUUUCUUUCAGCUCCAGCAGCAAGAGCUUUUGGACCCAAGACACCAACAGAUAUACCCAGCUUCACCCAAACCUCAAGUCCUCCACGCCUCAUGGCGCCAAGACAGCGUCGUCGCGCUACAGUGAUUGCACUCAACGGCCGAAUACCUCCCCACUUUGCCUUGGAGUCUCCCCCACGCAGGCGUAAAAGCGCGACUGAUCGUCGUAAGAGUUUACAGCCGCAUCUCUGCUCAGCUCAGACUCUCACUUUACGUAAUCCAAGCAAUGGUCUCAUGCAGCGGAGUUCUGCGGAACGCAACAGUAUAUGCGACUGCACUUCGGGCCUGGAUAUAAAGUUGACGGAGCUUUGCGUCGAGCGACCAGAUCGCGAGCCUCUGCAAUCGCCGGCGUUGUUUGCACCUUGUCGCUGGAGUAUCCCUUCUCCGACCCCGGGGACCUCUUUCGAGCGGAAUGAGCAUAUUUAUCAGUUUCAGGGUCACUGUGACGGGAGUCGUAAGAAUCGACGGGCUACGUGGGCAUUUGACGUGGAUGGGGGACUGAACAAAUUACCGUCUUGUCCGUUCUGGACAUGUCCAGAGUAUCGAUAG